ACAAAUCUGUUUACAGUCGCAACUGUUGUUAUAGUCAACAGGGUUGAAACAUUCAAUAAAAACUUCGACCGUCACCUAUAUUUACGUCAUUGUUGAAUUGAUGGAGGGGGUAGAUAGUGAUUGCGAGGUGGUGGAAGAAGGAUGCAUGACUCCGAGGCGUGACACGUGUAGGAUAAUGGUGAAUUCUUUGUGCCCGCCGCCGCCGCCGAAAAAGAAACGAGUUUAUGUCAAACAACAGCGUCCUCCGCCUAAGGAAGGUUAUUUUCAACCACCUGAUCUUGAGCUUUUCUUUGCCAUUGUAAGGAGAGAGGCUUGUGCUUAAAUAUUGGUUCUUUAAUUAAAAAGAAGAAAAGAAAAAAAAAGGUAAACGGCUCGUUUUGGUACUCUUUUUGUAGUGUAUAUUGCAGCAAUAUGAAGGUAUAUAGAUAGUA